GAGGGAAUAGGCUCGAAUUUACUGCACGCGUUCAGUCAGAAAAGCAAAUCGAAAUUUUGUUCAAGUCGUCAACUUAAAGAAUUGUAAAAUUUUUACAUAUUUUUGCAAUUAAUUGGCAGUGGUUUGUUUGGUAGUAGGACAAGAUGGAUUCUGAAGAUGAAUUCGAUUCUGAGGUCGAUCGAAUCCCUACUAUGAUGCGUACGCCAGGAUUAACUGGAUUUCAAAUGAGUCAGAGUUAUCAGGCUAGUCUCAGUUCUGAAGCUCCAAUACAGAAGGUUGAUCAGAUUGUACCUCAGUUUAAUGAUGAGGAAGACGACGAAGAACUCAGAGCCUGUAACAUGCUCCCUAGAAAGCACUAUCAUGCAAAGUAUACUAGAACGCAACUAGUGGAAGAGUUAUAUAAGGAUUAUAUGACUCAAGACUUCAACAAUUUAAAGAUCAGCGACGAUAAUGAGAACAUGGACAGUGUUCCGUUUGAGGAACAGGCUCGCAGAAUGGAGCCAAUCACGCCGGAUGGUGGAGUCAAGAAAAAGGUCGUGAUUAAUGGACGCGGUGGAAAAAUAAAAGUUGGCCAAGUAGUUUACAUCGACUAUUUGAUCACGCUCGAAGCUGGUGAUGAAACCUUGAGAUAUGAACAAGUAGUGGAUACGUCAAAAAUUCCAGACAGAGGGGAUGAGCCAUAUAGGUUCAAAGUCGGGGUUGGCAAUGUUCUGAAAGUUUUGGACAUUGGAGUGCUGACGAUGGAACCCUUUGAGUCCGCUAAGUUUCUGGCGACAUAUCAAUAUGCGUAUGGAAAUUUGGGGUUAUAUCAGGAAGUUCCGCCAAAAACGACCAUCAUGGUUGAGAUUGUGAUUAAGAAGGUUGUCGAUGGUUGCGAGAAUUUGAAGGUGUGGGAGAUGGACGCUGAUGACAGGGCCAACCUUAGUGUCGGUCAACGACUUACGGCUGGAGAAGAGCUCAAAACUUAUGGAAAUGAUCUAUUCAAACGACACAAAUAUCAGCAAGCCAGGCUGAAGUAUAAACAAGCUCUUAAGAUCGUUAUCGAAAUAUUAACCCCCGUGAAAGAGGAAUUAGAUAAGAUAACACAGUUCUUGUUUAUUUUGUAUAAUAAUAUUGCGCAAUGUCGUAUGAAAGAGGAUGAAUAUCGGAGGGCUCAACAUUAUUUGGAGGAAGCUAUAAAACUGGAUCUUACGGAUCUCAAGAAACUUAAAGCUUAUUACAGAUUAGCCAUUUGUCACUCUGAGCAGAGUGAGUUUGAGACUGCUACAAAAUUCGUUGACUUGGCGAAAUCACUCGAUGGUGCUAAUCAAGAUAUUGAUGGUUUGUAUAGAAAGCUUCAUCAGAAGAAGCUGGAGGAUAUGAAAAAAGAGAAGGCGUACUCGAAAAUGAUGUUCAAAUAAAAUUUCCUACUGGAGUCCUUAAGUAAAAAAUAAUAUGUUGAUAUGAUGAUCCUUUGAUUGUUAAACAUAAGACUGAGACAGCAUUUAAUAUUUAUAUGGUAUUCUUAGCGUUGAUGGUGCUUUUUAAUAUUUACACUUAAACAUUGAAUAGUUAAAUUCGCAAAUCCUAUCUGAUUUGAUAUAUUUAUAAUCUCAAUAUUUGGUGGAGGGUUAUUACAUUAUGAUGUAGUUAUAAUGGUUAUUUUUUUACAUGGCUCAAUGAUGCUCAGUUAAUGUUACAAGGAAAAAACGUUAUGUUAACAGAUACCUAUUUUAGUCAUACUUAAAAAUCACCCUGUUUCCUUUAUAUUUAUAUUCAAUAAAUAUGAAAUAAAAUAAAAUACUAAAAUCUCA